AUGUAUACAGGAAGCAUCGGAAUAUGCCCACAGCAUGAUAUCUUAUGGGAUGAUUUAACGGUUCUUGAACAUUGCCUUUUAUAUGCUCGUAUCCAGGCCAAGGAUGAAUUAACCGCAGCUAACCAAGCUUUAAACCAAGUUCGAUUGGAAGGUUAUGCGGAUCGCUUAUCCAAGGAUUUAGUGGUGGUGAAAAAACGUCGCCUUUCUAUUGCCAUUUCAUUGAUUGGUAAGCCCGUCGCUGUAUUUUUGGAUGAACCUACUACCGGUUUCGAUCCUGAACUUCAACCUGGACUUAUUGCCAAACUAUUUGAAGAAAUUGAAAACAUAAAUUUGGAAGAGGUUUUCUUGCGAAUAAUUGGCAAAGUCGAUGCUGAAGCCGAUUAA